AUUAUAACUGCAACAACAGAACUUUAAACCUUAAUGACUUUCCAAUGUUUUUGUUUCAGAAAAAAGUGGAUCCGUUUGUUAGCACAAUUCAUUUACCACAUUCCUUCAAGUCGGAUAUCAACAAAAUAGUGUUUUUCACUGAGAAUCCAGAUCAAGCCAGGAUAGCGAUGGAGAAUGGAGCAGCAGUUGCAGGUGGAGCAGAACUGGUUGAGAAGAUUUUAGCGGAUGAGAUCACAGCAGAUUUUUACUUGGCUGAGCCAGACAUGGUACAAAAGCUGCUCCCUUUGAAGAACAAGCUGAGGAAGAAGUUUCCCAAGAGCAAGAGAGGAUCAGUUGGAAUGAAUAUUCCCAAAAUGCUUGCAUUAUUCAAGAGUGGUCAUGAAUACAUGGUUGAGGACAUCUAUGUUAACACACAAGUUGCAACACUGGACAUGCCGAAUGAGUAUAUUCUGGCAAACAUUCAUGCCAUUGUAAAAGAUGUGGCAAGCCAUAAACCAGCAGAAUUUGGUUCUUUUAUUGAGCGAGCAAUUGUCUGCAGCAGGUCAAGUGAGGGUUUGCACAUUAAAAUCGAAGAAUUAUUACCACAGGAAGAGGAAAAGGCGUGACAUUUUUUGCUUUGUAUAUAUUUGCAUUGUACAAAAC